UAGUUCAUGCCAGGAGAAGUGGAAGCACCUCCCUAUAUGUGGAUGGGGGUCUUUGUUUUCUCCUAAGGUAUCUUAAUUCUUUUUCAUUGCCUUCACUCGGUUUCUAAGAGAUCAGCUCUAGGAAAGCUAUAGUAUUGGCAAUCGUGUAAGCACCUUUGCCCUGUCUGCAGACAUUCUGGCUUUCUUUUUGACAGGAAAAUACUAACGUUAAUCAACAGGGCACACAUAGGUUCAUUUUCUCCAGCUUUUUGGAGAUGCUAAUAUAUAUUUGAGUAGCAUGACAUUUUCUUCUGUGUGCCAUAGGAUCAACUAUCCAACCAUUUGCUUCUCUGCACGGGCUUGCCUGACCUGGUGAAUGGCCAUGACCACCUGUAACUUCAGUUGAAAACCCAAAGACAUCUGGAGACCUCUAAUACGUAUCUGUUUUUACUGUGUUUACAUCCUUACUGGUUCUGCAGAAAACAUCAAUUCAGCAUGGUGGAGUACUAUGAAGCCCUGGGCCUUCCCCAGACUGCUUCCUUAGAUGAUAUUAAAAAAGCAUACCGGAAGAAAGCUCUCAGGUGGCACCCAGAUAAAAACCCAGAAAACAAACAAUUUGCAGAACAGAGAUUCAAGGAGAUUGCAGAAGCGUAUGAAGUACUUUCAGACAAGAACAAACGUGAUGUCUAUGACCUCUACGGUAAGGAUGGACUCAUGGAAAGAGGAAGUCCUGGAGGAUCCACUAGGACCAAUGUGGAUCCAAUGUGGGCCAAUAUGUUCCAUUUCCGCAGCGCCCAUGAUGUCUUUCGGGAAUUUUUUGGGGGAAGGGACCCUUUCUUUGGAGAUCCUAUGGCUUUCAGUGGCUGCACUGGAGGAAACGGCUUCAGUUUUUAUUCUUCCUCAACUAACUUCAUCAAUGGCAAACAAAUCACUACCAAAAGAAUUGUUGAGGAUGGACAGGAGCGAGUGGAAGUUGAAGAAGAUGGGGAACUUAAAUCUGUUCUUGUUAAUGGUGUGCCUGCUGCCAGGACAUCCAUUACGGAAACAGGAGGGCAUUUUAUUCCUAGUGAGCCUACCAGGUACAGAUCUGCACCUCUGCUUAUUUACAAGGAAGGUGACUCUGAUCCUGUCUAUGAGGUUCGUACGGUGAGACGCAUCUUCCCUGUCAAAAGUACCAGGUACACGGCAGAAGACGAAUUCCCUGCAGAGGACAGUAAUUCUUGCGCAGACAGUGAGUCUCACCAAGAUGAGCUCCAGUCUGAGGAUGAUGAAUCCCAUACUGAUGAGUUCUAGCAGUAACCUGCAUAUAAAUCAAAUCCCGUAUAUUGGCAGUAAGUCAGGAGGAAUACACAUGUGCCUGAAAUGAAUACUGUGAAGACCCAGAUGAGAAGAAUUAAUCAAUCAGUAGAUACAAAGUGGAUCCCAGGUGAAUUUAGGCACCGAUGUGCUGGGCGAGACUGGUUAGCAAGAAGAUUGCCCUUAAAAGGGGGGAAAAAAAGGAGAGAAUGAGGAGAACACUGAAGGAUGAAUGAAACCCUUAGUCAGAGAAAAGAGUUCUUUGCCAAAGGGAACAGGAUCACCCUCACAUAUAACAAAUCAACUCCACUACGGCUGAUGAAGGUUCUUGGGCAAGAUCAUAUUCCUCUAAGUCUACUUACCUACCAGUAUAGGGAGAACGCACAAUUAUGGGAUCCGUUAGGAAGGAGGCCAGCAAAGGGUAAUGGGCUGUUUAAUAAAGGUUGGGAACAGUGACUUUGUUUUUAGUAUUCUUAUUUAAUCCAUGCUGGAGGAAAUACUUACACUCUUCAGAAGAAAAAAAGAAUGUGGUGGUAAAGAUUUCUGACUGUGAAACGUCUUAUAAUGUGAUGUGGACCAUCAGUA